AAUGCCUCCUCUUUCCUGACGCAAAUGAUCGCCGUCACCUUGCCUUGCGUUUGAACACCUCUUGGCGUAUUCUUUCACUCUGAAGUGUGCUCGUUCCAUGAUUCAAGCAUUCAAGCUCAAGUCUCAAGAGUUGCGAUCAUUCCGGCGUGGCCAAGCCGACCAAAUGCUUCUGUAGCGCGUUUGGAAAUUGGCGGGAAUGUACAUGUGGCAAGUAGGUUGCAGGUCGGGAGACACUGUGACUUUGAACUGAGCUUACUUAUCUCAACCUUUCGUUGGGUGUGCAGUCUGAAUCUUUCUUGCUUCUGCGUGAGUCCUUGUCUGUGCCUUCCUAUUCAACCGCACCGCUACACGUCAUCUCCACUACGUUGAUGUCGGAUUUCAACUUGGUUGACCCUCGCGGAUGGGAGUACGACUUGCAAUCGGUGUAUACGGCUUAUUUGGGUCAUUUCCAAUUGCAUGGAAUACCCUGGUAUGAACGGUCUUGGGGCGUAUUCUUCGAGUCCUUCGAAGAGUUUCUCACUUUUUCAUGGCCUGUGAUAACUAUUACCGAUUGUUGGACCGGGAAGGCACACAUUGUCACUCGCAUGACUUCAAUUGGUGCAUUCCUGAAGAUGAUCAAAACGAGAUUCGGCGAUACCCUGACAAUGGUGGAUAACAUCCUACGUGUCCAGCCAUUCGAAACAUCUCAACGUCACAUGCGCACCAUCUCGGAUUAUGCCUCUUACAAGAAACUGCACUCCACUUUGCCAGCUGCAGUUCUUGCCGCAUUGAAAGCGCGUGUUCGCAGUGGAGAACCUAAGGCUAUUCGUGAGAUCUGGGAUUCAAAAGAUAAAACGUUUCUUGCCGUUAGCUUCGAAAGUUCGGAGCGCAAUCCUUCCACAUGUUUGGAGUGGGGCUUCGCUGCUGCGCGCUGCAGCUAUUUAGAUGCCGUCGGCGUAUGGCCACCUGACCCCGAGGCAAACUAUAGGAGAGGUCAUUACAUCGUGACUGAAUAUGCGGAUAAAGUUCACAACAAGCACCGGCCGAACUUCCCUUGGGCGUAUUCUUUUGGAGAUAGUCAACAGAUCCCCAAGUCAAAGCUUUCGCAGGUUAUUCAAGCUGUUAUCAGGUUCUUAUCGAUAUCCUGCGUCUUUGGCUCUUGGAUUGAUCUCCUCCACAGUGGCAUGAUCAGUCCGGAUUCCGAGACGUUGCCCAACAGUCUUGUCAUUUUGAUCCAUGAAGCCACUGGGGAUCUUCGACGAUUGGAGGAAAUGAAAAUUAAGCUCCCACACAACGUUCUGAUAUUGGACACUGCUGCAUAUGAACGGAAACUGUUCGCGUCUGGUCAGCGUGGUCCUAUGAAGGAUCCCAAUGGCAAUCCCCACACGCAAGAAUCAGUCCUCUCGCUAACCAACAUGCUCCAGUCACAGGGUGUCGACGUCCAAUGUAUCAUGCAAAAUGCCGGCAACCAUGCUUUCAUGUGUCUCCUCGGGUUUCAAUUGCUGAUCGAUCAGGAAAAUACCAAAAUACCGAUCAUUCGAGGAGGAAACGCCAUUCCUGCCAUGAUGAGAAGUGGCAGUAGAAGCUCCGGGGGAAUACUCACGCCUACCAUCGCUUUCAGCCCUUCAUUGCCUAUACCAAUGAUGACCCCCUACGGUAUAAUGCCCGCCUCGUCUCCAAUGAUUUUCCCUGGAUUGUCACCCGAUUUAUUCAUGGACCGGGACAGUAAUUCGUCAAGUCGGAGGGGUUCAGGGAACUUUCCGAAUAUCCCGACGGGGGACUACACGAGGAGGGCCAGUACAUUGUCACCCAUAGCUCAGUUCCCUUCGAGAAAGGAUUCGGACGGCGAUCAAGACGUUACAGCGAGGAUAAACGGCUUGAGAAUAGCUUCAGCCUAAGGUCGUUCGCUGGCUGUUUUUGGACUUAGUUAUUACUAUUGUGUACUCAUUCUUCUGAAUUCGGACUGGUUAAUGGACAACUCGAACUCUUGGCAUCUUAGAUUUACCUAUCACAUUCUUCACAUUUCUUGCAGCCCUUCUUAAAUUCCCUUAUGCGAUACGCACAUGAUCCACAGAACUGAAUGUAUAUGCAUGGCUGGCAAUAGGGAGGGUACAACACAAUUCAAACAACGGAGUAACUGUCAACGGUAAUGCUGGCAUCUUCCGAGAAUACGACCUCUUCACCGUUGUCGAC